CCAAGCUUAAAGAAAAUGCAGAGAAGUUAGAAUGGAAGGGAAGUGCUAAGGGAAACUUCAAGCGACAAACCGGACGACUGGACCGAGCUAGUUAACGACGCCUUUUUCGCUGCCAUCCCGCCACCGUGCCCCGCCUGGACGCCUCUCCAAGACCAGGACUCCACGACUGAAGUGCCUCACGCAGACUACGCAGUCACGCGGCUCACGGGAGUCACCGGCUCGCCGCCUCACCGCCUAUCCGCCACCCACCGAUCACGGUCUCACGGACCUCAGCCCCUUACUGCCUUGGACCUCGGGCCAGCCCUGAUGAUUUCCCAUACAGAAGAGAACUCUUGUCUAGGUGGUACCUUGGGUAAAAAAAGCAACCACCUGCAAUUUGAUACUACAAGUUGAAUGAUGGGUUGAUGGGUACUCUCAGCUAUAAAUAAAUUAAAAGCCUGCAACUUAGUUAUUGGUUAGCUGAAGAAAAAUUGAGGAGGGUUACUUUCUUUCGUCCUAAUACCAUGGCUGCUGCGUUUGCUGCCUUCACCCGAACACAAUCGUCAUUUAGGUUAAAGCACCUGGUCCGCCGGAGCUACUCUACGAAGGCAAGUAGUGUACUUCCUCCCCCUGAUGUCUCUCGUUUGGCCGCAACAGCUCGCAUUUCUCUCACCCCAGCUGAGAUUGAAGAAUUCGCUCCUAAAAUUCGACAAGUGAUAGACUGGUUUGGUCAACUCCAAGCCGUUGAUCUUGGAAUUAUUGAGCCAUCCAUCAGAGCAGAUACCGAAGGCGAUAGCUUGCGGGAUGAUGUGCCUGAAUGUUUUGAAAACAGGGAAGCCAUUAUAGCUGCAUUUCCAAGCUAUGAGGAGCCUUAUAUCAAUGUCCCCAAAGUGCUGAACAAGGAAUAAUUUUCUCAGAGCAUCCCAGCCAUAUGCUAUAGUCCUUAUAUAUUGUAUACAUUCUCAUUUACUUGAAAUACAAUUUUAGUGAUUAUGGCUUCAUUUGGUUGAAGGAAAAAUGUUUGGUUUGAAGCAUUUCCCUAGAUUCUUUGAAUUUGAAUGGAAUAUUUAAAAGAGGAAGUCUUGCUAUCGACCCGUUCUAUUUUUCUUUUUG